AUGCCAGGAUCAGUCUCUGAUGGCAUCCCGACCGAUGUUUACCGUUGGGUGGAGGACUCAUCCCGUUUGGGUCCUCUGUUUGCAUAUGUUUUCCCCAAGGGUCCAGUGACUUCAGUAGCAACAGACAUCUCACAGUUUGCACCAUCUUUGGUCCCUACCUCUUCGACUUUACUCGAUAGAGGACGAGGGGCGUCUCGAUUAGGGGGAGGAGUCCAUGUAGAUCUUCGGGAUCCAAUGGACAGUGACCUGGCUUCAGAGGAAGCGUCGGUUGGACCGGAUUCUGUCGCUGACCCAGCUCUCUCUCACUUCGGUUCGGAGGUAGAGGAGGAGUGCGAUUAUCAGGCGUUUCUGGCUUUUGUCAGGGACCAGGUCCGACAGAGUCAGACGGUGUGGCAUCCGAAGUCGGAGGUCUUCCUGCUUCACGCGUGGAGGUUAUCAGGGCUUCAUUGCGAUGCAGAGGGUGCGCCUUAUGAGCCGUUGAGGUUUGCUAGUCUUCGUGCCUUGACGUGGAAGACUCUGUUUCUGGUUUCGCUGGCGGCUUGUCAUGAAUCAAGAGUUCAUUACCUAAAUAUAAGAGUGGAUCCAGAUGAUUCAAUAAGUUCCAAUAUGUCUGCAUGUUCUUCUACAGAUGACAGCAUGGAACAAGAUGAGUUGCGACUUGUUUUGAUUGGCAAAACUGGCUCAGGAAAAAGUUCAUCUGGCAAUACCAUUCUUGGGUCAAAAGUAUUCAAAAGUAGUUGUUUUGGAAACUCAGUAACUGAGAAAUGUGAUUGUCAUACGGUGACAAGAAAUGGGAAAUCUGUGGUGGUUAUAGACACCCCGGGUUUCUUUGGAACUGACAGUGAUGAAGAUGAGAUCAAGAAAGAGGUUGUCAAGUCUGUGUAUCUAGCAGCACCGGGGCCACAUGCUGUUAUUUACGUGUUCCCAGUCGGAGAUCGGUUCACCAAGGAAGAGCAGAAAACCGUUGAUUUGUUUUAUCAAUAUUUCGGCAGGCAGGUCAGCCGUUACUUUCUAGUAUUAUUCACUAGAAAAGAUUUCCUUGUCCGACAUGGCAUCAAUGAAAAAGAAUAUCUAUUAAACUUGCCUCCUGGUCUUGACCAGUUUGUUUUGGAAUGUGGUGGCCACACUGUAUUUUUUGACAACUUUGCUGAGGAAACGGAAAAAGAAGGGCAGGUCCUGCAACUUGUUGAAACAGUUGAAACCAUUCUGAAGGCCAAUGGACGUGGAUACUACACAUCGGACAUCCUGAAAGAAGCUGAGAAAGAAAUGAGACAGUGUGAUGAUUUAUUCCUGAAAGAUAAUGAAGUGAACAGACAGAAAGAAGAACAGAGGAUAAAGGACAGAUACAGGGAACAGUUGGAGAAAGAAGUGGAUGCAAAGAAAAAAGCAGAACUUGAAGACAGCAUCAAGGUUCAGCUUUCCAGCUUGAAGAAAUCUUUGGAGAAGGAAGCACGCAGGGAAUCGCGAUCACAGAUUACAAAAGGAUUUUUCCUGGGAGCUCUCUUUGCUGGUGCUGUAAUUGGAAGCUUGAUAACUGGGAAAGUAGUUGCUGCUAUAACUGCUAUGGCUGCCAAAGCUGCUGCUGUUGCUGCUGCUGCUGCUGCUGCUGCUGCUGCUGCUGCUCUCCUGCUGCUGCUGCUGCUGCUCAGCAAGUAUUGAGCCAACUGGCAUCAGUCGCAUCGUUACGAUAAUUGAUGGACAUAUAGCGAUUACUAUCGAUUUACUGGCUGUUGGAGCAAAGCUGGCAGCAUUCUUUUUAUGAGCGCACAUUUAAGGCAUUUGACCUGGUAUGCAUAUUCAACGAUACACAAUGCACAUUAUUGAUUAAUAUCAACAAGUAUAACCGUAUACUUAAUUAAUAAAACGGUUAAAUGUGA